AGAAGACCUCAGCACGUCAAAACCGGCAAGUUAAACUUCAUUUAAGUUUGGGCUGAUGAUUCGUUUGGGCGUCCCAGAGGUGUCAGCGCUUGAAACCUUGGGCUCAUGACGGAUGCUUUGGCUGCCCGGUCUCCGAUUCCUGAUGGCUUCAUGACGCCUGUCACCGAACACCUCCAGCUUGCCCAUGCUCCCAUCGGUGUUGGAUGGACCGAAACAAAGACCAUCAUGUCGCAAACCACAACGCUGAUUCCCAUGGUGAGCGCACAUUGGACCCCGUGGCCUAUCUCUUAAUCCCUCAUUGGUAUCCAUCUACGCCAUUGCAAUCGCAUGCCAUCGGACAACGACCGAGAUUCUCAUGCAGCUAUGUACAUAUUGCACCAAGGGUCCAUAGGGCUAAUGAGGAGGGGUCGGGUCCAACCACAGAGAGUCAAAAUGACCAGGAAUCACCAAAUUCGACCCGGAAUACGCAAGACUACAAAGUCGAUCUUCCCCCGACAAGACCGACCUUUCCUGCUUUUGGCAUGGAUGAAUGCGAGUGUUAUGCACAAGUCAGACCAUGCGAGCCGCACGCUUAACGUAUCCUCCCAUGCCUUUGCCAACCACUUCAUCGCCAAAAAGCUGCUUCUGCCAACUUUAUCGCCUUGCGAGAAAGACCAUCAGCCAAGCGCGCAAAAGGGCCGGUUUGUCUCGCGGCCGCAAUAUCAAAAUCUUUUUAAUGGACCCGACAGCGAGGCGUCACCAGAUGAAGCGCUUGCUUCUCGCGCCUCAAGUGAAAUUCGCUACCCUAGGAUCGACACCUGAUUCGGUUGCCUCCGAGUAACGAAGCAACAUGAGGUCACAAAAGACAACUGGAAAUGUGGGUUCAAGGUGAUCACGGACCGAAGUGAAAUGGAUAGGGUCCUUCGGAAUGUCUCCUUCUGAUAUUGGGGG